AUGUAUUCAAUGAACCCUUACGCGCGUUCGAUCAGUCCCUCCCGUUAUUCUAACGGGCUGCAGGAUCCCAACGCUACCAAUCCGGGGCGUUGUAUACGUACGUCCCAGCCGAAGUUGAGAAACCCGCCCGACAACACGAACGCCGCCUGGUUCUCCCACUCGUCGGCCAAGCGCAUUAAUACCGAUACUUUUAUCGCCGAGUCGCUCGCGCGCCAGUAUCCUACCCAGGAGCUGGUAAUCGCCCCGCACACCAAUAAUCUAAGUCUCCUCAACUAUGCUCGCGCCGGCAACGCUACCUGCAGCGUUGUCGUCAAGGGCCCAGGCGGCGAAAACGGCGGCAUCUUCACCCCCUUAACAUGGACUGAGUACGUGCCGCCGCUGCGGCGCAUCGAUGGUGACCAGGGCAUGCUGAAUGAUACUCUCAAAUUCGCCAUAUUCCAGUAUCAAUGGCGCGACUACAACUUUACGCUGUAUGUCGUUGAUGGCCGCGACGGAGCCGAACCCUACGGCGGCUCUACUAACCAGUAUAUACUCACAGAUAAACGCGCCUCUGCAGAAGCUUUGCUAGUUUCUGCGGGGAGUUGGGCUAAUGAGCUACAUGAAGAGGUAUGGGUAUUCGACCAGGGGUAUUGGGAAAAGAGCACCGAGCUGUUCCAGAGCGUCCUGGGAGCGUCCUGGGACAAGGUCAUUCUCGACAAGGAGAUAAAAAAGGCCAUCAUUGAGGACCCUAGCUCGUUCUUCGAAUCCCGUGACACGUACGAUCGCUUGAAGGUGCCGUGGAAGCGCGGCGUCAUUUUUUACGGGCCACCUGGUAAUGGUAAAACUAUCUCCAUCAAAGCUACCAUGCACAUGCUGCAUGAACGAAAGCAGCCUGUCCCGACAUUGUAUGUGCGGUCUUUAUUUUCUUAUGGUGGACCUGAGCGUGCACUUGGCGAUAUUUUCAAGAAAGCGAGACAGUACGCACCGUGCUAUCUCGUAUUCGAGGACCUGGACAGCAUUGUCUCGGAUGGGGUGCGCAGCUACUUCCUGAACGAGGUCGACGGUCUCAAGGCGAACGAUGGUAUUUUCAUGGUCGGAUCGACGAACCACCUCGACCGCUUAGAUCCCGGCAUCUCUAAACGCCCUUCGCGAUUCGACAGAAAGUAUUACUUCCCGGACCCGAACAAGGAGCAGCGCGUCGCGUACUGCAAGUUCUGGCAGGGAAAGCUGGCCGACAACAAGGACAUCGAGUUCCCCGACGAGCUGUGCGAGGCUAUUGCCGACAUCACGGGUAAAUUCAGCUUCGCGUAUAUGCAGGAGGCUUUCGUGGCGGCACUCCUGGCUAUUGCCCGACGAACUGAAAGAUCGACGAACCAAAAAAGUUUCAGUAAGAAAUUGCUGAAACGAGAGAACAAGUAUGGCUGGGUCGUGUGUAACGUAUCUGACGAUGAGGAUGAUAUGAAUGAUAGUGUCCGCAGCAGUGACAGCGAGGAUGACCUAGACAGCCUAGUAUUAUGGGUUGAAAUCAAGAAGCAGAUCGCGACGUUGCGCGAGGGCAUGGAUUCUGCGAAAUGA